CUGUACAUCAGCCCCCAAUUGUUCGGCAUUCGUUAUCCUCUCAGAUACUUCACACAAAUCAAUCACCAUGGCGGGAGAAUUAAUCUUCAUCACCGGUGCAACCGGCUUCGUCGGUAGUGCGACCGCUCUUGCUGCUCUCAAGGCAGGAUACCGACUACGAAUUUCUGUUCGAAAGCCAUCAGAGAAGCUCCAAGCCUUGCUAUCGGAUUAUAGCCAGCAGGUCGAAUAUGUCACUGUUUCCGACCUGACAAACGAGGCAGCUUUCCACGGAAAGCUGGACGGGGUUGACUAUGUUCUGCAUCUUGCCUCGCCUCUGCCUCAUGGAACGGACAAGAAGGAUUACUUCAUUCCGGCUGUUAAAGGAACCAUUGCCUUGCUAAAGGAGGCUGACCGGGUCGCGAGCAUCAAGAAAGUGGUGAUUACAUCGUCGGUGGUUGCUCUGCUUCCACUCACUGGCCCUCCCAAAGGUGGUAUCGUGAAAGAAGAUAAUGAUUGGGAUUUCAGCGUGGACGAAGAUGCUAGCUUUGAGAAUCCCAACAAUCCUGGAAGCACGCCUUUCAGGCUCUACCACGCAUCGAAGCUACUGUCCAACAACGCCACCUGGAGCUUCUGGAAGACCGCAAAGCCACACUACUCGUUGGUGUCGACUCACCCAGUCUACGUGAUGGGCCAUAAUCUCGUACAGACAUCUCCGGAAGACAUCGGGUCCAAUGGUGUUCUCUGGAAGGCCAUAAUGACCGGUGACCUCAGUGACGCAAGCAUUGGAGUGCAUGUCCAGGACGUCGCCGAAGCGCAUGUUAAAGCCCUGGAUCCGAAGGUCCCUGAUGGCGCAAAGUACCUGCUGGCUGGCAAAAAAAGCGACUGGAAGGGAGUGGCCCAAAUCGUGCACAGGGAUUAUCCUAAUCUCGGCGCAAAGAUUAGUGUGGAAGCCGAGGGAGGAUUGUUGCCAUUCGACACUACCAAGGCUGAGAAGGAGCUGGGGAUGAAUUGGCGCUCGUGGGAACAGAUGAUCCAUGAAGUUGUGGAUCAGCAGCUCUCACUGGCUAAGAAGUAGUUAAUCUGUUAAGAUUGAUUACCCAGAUUGUGCGAAGGAAUUUGUGUGGUCUGGUCAGUGCGCUGGUAUAGCUUCAACACCGCCAACGGAAAGCCAUAUAUAUA